GAGUGAGAGGAGAGGGAGGACGACGACGACGACGAUUCAUACCGCGUCGAGAGCGACUUUAGUUUUUUGUAACCGAAGCGCAACAGUAGACCUUACCUUGCGAAUUUACUUUGAGGAGCUCUCUUAUAAUUUUUUUCCUAAUAAUGCUGACAUUCGGAGCUGAAAAGUUUCAUUUAGGUAGCUGUCUUAUGUUAUCUACUUAGUCCGAACAAUAUUACUCCGCACCCCAUAAACUUUGGAGAAUCAAGAAACCGCGGUCAAAAUGAGAGCUCAAAUUGAGGUUAUACCAUGUAAAAUCUGUGGUGACAAAUCCUCUGGGAUUCACUAUGGUGUUAUUACAUGUGAAGGGUGCAAGGGGUUUUUCCGCCGCAGCCAGCAGAACAAUGCCAUGUACUCGUGUUCGCGGCAGAGGAACUGUCAGAUCGACCGAACCAACAGGAACCGCUGCCAACACUGCCGCCUGCAGAAGUGCCUGGCACUCGGCAUGAGCCGUGAUGCGGUGAAGUUUGGCCGGAUGUCAAAGAAACAGCGGGACAGCCUGUACGCAGAGGUGCAGCGGCACCAGCAGCUGUCUCGGGACUGCCUGGCGGGUUUGGGUGGUGGUCUGGCAUCAGAUGACCGUGAAGAGACGGGUGAAGACAUCACACACAGUCGGCCGUACAGCAGUGGUGGUUCUAGCUCUAACCUCAGUGACCUGGACGACAUCGCCACACUGCCUGAAGGUUUGCUGUUUGACCUGCCUCUCACCCCAGAGGAGGCUUGCGAGUACUGCUCUCUGGAGAUGCUCGGGGUCGGCGGAGGGUCCGGGAGUGCUGGAAGUGGAAGUUCGUCCAAUCAGAGCUCUCCAGAGCCCAGCACAGUGGAUUUGGCGGAAUUGAAGCAUGAGUAUAUUGUACCGGAAAACAGUCUUCUUACACACUCUUUCCUGGGAUCUCUACCAGACAACUGCUCUCUACAUGACAUAGAGCGAAUCACUCAAAAUGUAGUGAAGUCUCACCUGGAGACGAGUCAGUGCACCACAGAAGAGCUGAAAAAACUCACCUGGAACCUCUACACUCCUGAAGAAACCCGCAGCUUUCAGCUCAAGUCUACAGAAUGGAUGUGGCAGCAGUGUGCCCUGCAAAUUACAAACGCCAUCCAGUAUGUCGUGGAGUUCGCUAAACGCAUCUCUGGAUUCAUGGACCUCUGCCAGAAUGACCAGAUCAUCCUGCUCAAAGCAGGAUGUCUGGAAAUCCUGUUGAUUCGAAUGUGCCGUGCUUACAACUCUUCAAAUAACACAAUGUUUUUUGAUGGCAAGUUCGCCAGUCCUCAGCUCUUCAAAGCUCUUGGGUGUGAUGACCUGGUGAACGCUGUCUUUGAAUUGGCUAAAAGUCUGAGCCGUCUUCAGCUGAGUGAGGAGGAAAUGGCUUUAUUCAGCGCUGCGGUCCUGCUGGCUCCAGAUCGCCCGUGGUUGACAGAGUCUCAGCAGGUGCAGAAGCUCCAGGAGAAGGUUUACGUGGCUCUUCAGCACAGCCUGCACAUGAACAGAGCCACUAUCGAGAAACUGGAUAAGAUGGUGUCCAAACUACCGCAGAUGAAGUCCAUCUGUAACCUGCAUAUUGACAAGCUGGAGUUCUUCCAUCUGGUUCACCCGGAAACAGCCUACAGCUUCCCGCCUCUGUACAGGGAAGUGUUUGGCAGUGAGAUCAACUUCCCUGACUCCACCAACAGUUAGAGAGAGUGGGGGAAAAGAGGGAGAUAGUGAGGGAGGGAAUGACAGAGUGUGAAGGGGAAAUUACGAGUGAGUGUUAAGGAAAGAGAUGCCAUUACAUGUAAAAACAGCAUUUCAACGAACACAUUUGAAAAACCUCCAGGGAGAAUCCUCAGUCUGUUGCAGCACUAUUAGCAUACACACACACACACAAUACACUACAAACAUACACCCUUAACCUGCUGCGCAUACACUCAUACACAAACAUAAGGGCCAACAAAAUAUUUCAGAUUCGACCACACACAAAACAUUUUCAUUCAUAAUGGGAUUAUUCCUGGAGUUGCGCUCUCAAAUCCAUUUUUAUUUCAUGGAAAAUAUAUUUUGUGUACAGAUGUAUGCUUGCAAAGGCUUUAGUCCCAACUUGAUGUCUAAGCAUGGCACUAUUGCUUCUGCAUCUGUACACAGAGAUAUUUAAAGAAGUUUUAUAAGAGGUCAUAUCAUUUUAAGAAUUUAACAGGAUAAAACUCUUCCACAUGAACAUUCAGGAGAGCACAACACUACAACAAACUAGGUGACGUCACCCGUUAUUCCCUGCCGAAUCACUCUAAAAGCACUAAUAUCACAUUGUUUCCUCCCUCUCCCCUCACUUUUUCGCCCUCAGACAAAUCAUGAAUGUAUCCCAAAAGCACUUAUUUUGAUUUGAGACCGAAUGUACACAAUGCACUUUUGGUCAUGCGUUAUGCUUUAUGAGACUUUAUGACGAUCCACUUGGAAAAACAAAACAAACAAAAAAACUGAUGUGCCCAUAUUGUUUAUUAAAAAUGAAGGGACCAAUGUUACCGGUACUACUGGAACAUUCCACAUUAAAUACAAGUCAAGCUCAUUUCUCCGUUUAAAAUAUCUAUAUUUUUAAUUGUUUAAUUUAAUAAUAAUCAUUAGUAAUCAAUAAUAAAUAAUUUUGAAAAUAAUAUAUUUAGAAAAAAUGUUUUCAAAAAUAUUUUCAAUCAUCUCUGAAAACGAACAAGUAUUGACAGAAAUGCACUUAUAGAGGAAGCCUUUGGGGCAGCUGUACAGUUAUAAAACAGCUGUUCAUAACCUUAGAGUUCAUAACUGUGUCUGAUAGCAUCUGAGUUUAACUUGUAUUUAACCUUGAAUAUUCCUUUACAGAUAUUUAAACAAACCAGGUUUUAGUCAUCCACCUGGUAAUCAGAAUAAGCAUGCAGUCAUAGCCAAACAUUUGUGAACAACUUGUUUUGUUACAAUAACACAACAGCAACCACACAAUCCUCACUUUAACAGUUAUUUACAUGACCUCAUACCUCAUAUUCAGCAGAAUUUGUCACAAUUAGUACAGUAUUAGACUCUAGUAAACAACUUCUAAAUGCAACAGUGUUUAGCAUUAACACGUAAUUAUAUGCAAAAUGUAUUCAACAAUUCUUCUAUAUAAAGGGUUUGCAAAUUAUGGCAUGACUAUAAAGAAUAGAGUGCAUUAGUGUCCAUACAAUUUUUCAGCAGUGUUAGUUUUGGAAGAAUUUUUUUUUACCCCGAAGUGAUUUUGUCUUUGUUAAAGUGUUUCAAGCCAUGAGCCAAACCAAAAAGCUACAGGGAGAAUUACUACAUAACAUAAUCUUUUAGCUGAAGCAAAAAAAGGGGCAAAAACACAGGUACAAGAUUGUAUUAAUGUAUUUAGUGAGGAUUAAAACUACAAACCCAUGAAGCACUGCGACUGACAAUCAAUUUAAUGAUGGUGAAAUACAAAACGAUUAAUUAAAAGUUUUGGAUUGAAUCAGUAGAAACAGUAUAUUUAAGUUUAUUUCAUAAUAUGCACUUACAUACAUAAAUAUUUAAGUAUUUUGACUCAUGUCAUUUGCGUUCCCUGCAAGCUCUUUUGCUGAGAUUUGUUGGGUGCGACUGAUUGGUGUAAUUGUCUGCACAGCAUCAUGGGUAAUAGUUCUCAUUACAAAUUCCACUGUUAAAUAAAACUGUCCACUAUUUUAAACAUAAGCUGAAAUGAAAAAAAUUGGUUGUAACAAAAUAAUAUACAAUCAAUUAACAACCUUGCCGCUCCAAAACAGUUUUUACUUCCAGAACCAGACUGCUGGCAAAUAUUUGACACAGUUGUUCCACCCACACAUGCUCUUGUUUGCUCAGGCACAUUUUGACAGUGUUUGGUGCUGCACCUUAUUUUUUUAUUUAAUUAUUAUAAUUUUUUUAUGCAAUGAGAAACCUCAGUCCCACAUCCCCUUCCCUUGUAAAUGCCACUUUAGAAUAAGAAACAGUUAAAUGUUCAUUUAAUUUAUAUGGACAUUUCUAAAAGAUUAUUUUGAAUAGGAAUGUUAAUAAAUUAGUAUAUUUAGUCAAGAAAGAGAAAGAAAGGUGGAGCAGGAAGAGAGAUAGAAAUUUUUAAAAAUGAAAAAGCCAGGACUUUCAUCAGCUGGCUUUUGAGUGCCUCCAGCAUGUGCAUGGGAAUACUGGAUCCAAAAGAUGAACUGGCAUGAAUUUUGUUCCGGAACUGCCCUCCACAAGUGACUUGGAUGAAACGCCUACAGGAGACGGACAGUUAUUCUGAGCCAGGCUGGAUGGCUUUUUGACAUUUUUCUCUGGGACACACACAGAGCUGGGAUGACCUUGAUGACCCCAGUCUCACGUUAUGAGAACCUUCCUCGUAUGGGAUCACCUGUCUGAUGGUCUUCAGAUGCUAAAGCAUUUUCACAAAUCGAACGAAAAGAACAAGAGAAAUAGAGAUUCAAUCAAAGCUCAGUCCAGCAGGUUUCAGGUACAGAUGCAACUCGUGGCCAGUGUGGUUUCUGUUGUAUUAUUUUGUAAAUUGUUGAUUGUAUCUCCUUUUGUCCAUUUCUGUGACCUGGAUCGCAUUCUUCCAUCGUAUUUUCCAUACUCAUGCACCAAAACAUUGCUUCGACAGAGUUCUCCACUACUCCUUUGAGUCAAGGUUGAUGGAAUUGUUUAUAGUACUACUAUAUAUACUACACAACUGGUUUUAAGCGCUUCAGAUGAACGAAUGAGCUUGUAUUUUGUAUGAAAGAUAAAAUAUGGUCUUGUAUCUCGGUUUUUAAUGAACAAAAGGAAAUCUGUCUUCUUUUUGUGUGCCCAACAUUACAACCUCUCACGUCAAGGAGUGUAGCCUGCAUUUGUUUAAGGAUGAGAAGUAUGGGAAUUCUGUCUGUGUAAUGUAUUUUUAAAUGUGUUGUUUUGAUAAUCCCCAUCUCUAGGCCUUUGAUGCAUGGCUUCCUGUUAAAACGAAAUUGUGUUUGUCUCAUUCGGUCACCCUUUAAAGCAGUUUCUGUGGUUUCAUGUUUAUUU